AUGCCUAGCCUUAGUAGGGCUGACAAGUCCGCGGUCAAGCGACAUAUCCCCGACAAUGUGCAUCAUCAUCACAAGAGAGCUGUUGCACAACUCCUGGUCGCCUAUCCCGAUCCUGGACAAUGGACGAAAACUGGCUUGCAGGGAGUAAUAGUGCUCUGCGAAGAUGAAAAGAUCGGUCAUUGCUUUUGGCUCAAGAUGGUGGACAUCUCGCCUUCCGGCAAAGGUGGCGUCAUUUGGGACAUGGAAAUUGAAGAGCACUUUGACUAUAUUAAGGAGAGAAGCUUUUUCCAUUCCUUUGUCUUCGAAGGGGUCUUAUAUGGAUUACUGUUCGCCGACGAGAGCGAGGGUGACGACUUCCUCAAUGCAAUCCUGAAUCGCGAGAAGAAGGCGAACAAGAAGACUACCAAGAACCCAUUCAAGGAAUUCAAUCUCCCAAUGAAAUCAGCCACUCUGUCGCCAACACCUGUCGCGUCAUACCCUUCGCACUCUCUACCCCCAGCAUCGUUCCCGACGAAAACACCCAGUCCGUCGUCAUCUGAGGAGUUCAUAUUUGAUCCAAAGGAUCCCAAGUGGAAAUGGCUGGUGGAAAUGCUCUCUCAAAUGGGUAUCACAGAGGACCAGAUUGCCGAUAAUACCGAUUUUAUCAAGGAUUUUAUCAAGCAGAGCCAGGGACCUGAGCUAGCUCCUCAACCGCCCGCUCCUGUUGAUGAUCAGCCUAAGCCAAGAGCAGCUCCUCCUCCCCCUCCUCCUUCAGGACCCCCGGCUCCAAAGAUCAAUGCUAUCAGCCCUCAAGAUACUGGAAGCAGUUCUGGAAGCCGACGGGGUCCUCCACCGCCACCUCCAACUCGAAAGUCGCGGCCUGAUACUGCCGAGGAGUCUGUUCCGACGCCGCCUCGUGAGCCAUCCCCUCCGCUGCGGAGAUUUAAUGCGCCGCCUCCUCUCGCAGAUGCGGGCAAGUUUGCCGUAUCCGAAGGACCUGCAGAGCGUAGACGGCCGCGGGCGAUUUCAAAUGUCAACGCCGCCAAUGCUCCGCCGCCACCACCAAGACCCCCAAAGACGCCGAUGGAUGACAACCAACCUCGAUUUGGAGUUCCUCCUCCAUUCUCAGGCGAGCGCAAAGUUUCGGCGCCGCCUGCACCUCCCAGUCGCAGUCCUCUGCCUGGCGGGCCGCCACGUCCUCCGCCUCGCGCAGAUGUUGCGCCUCAACUUCCUCCCAAAGUUCCCAACACCAUUAGUCCUCCUGGGCCUCCUCCCCCUCCUCCUGUUAGGACUCCUGUUUCUCCGCCUCCACCAGCACCUCGGCCAGUACCCGCACUAUCUACGCCGCCUGCACCUCCACCGCCGCCUCCUCGAGGGCCUGCACCUCCCCCAGCACCGACCUCGCACGCGCCAGCAGGUGCUCCGCCGCUACUCCCAAGCCGUAAUGUGCCUUCAGUUCCCCCUCCGCCACCUCCUGCUACCAAUUCUUUUGUUCCGCCACCACCUCCUCCUGCUCCAACAUCUGGAGCGCCAGGAGGUCCCCCUCCACCUCCUCCACCCCCUCCUAUAUCUGGAGCACCAGGAGGAGCGCCGCCACCUCCACCUCCUCCGCCUCCGCCUACCAAUGGAGCACCAGGAGGGCCUCCCCCACCACCUCCACCCCCUCCUACAUCUGGAGCACCAGGAGGACCACCUCCGCCUCCGCCUCCCCCUCCCCCCUCCCACGGGGCGUUCAGCAACUUCUGCUCCACCCCCACCUCCUCUUCCUGGGCGGGACUCUGGACCACCGCCUCCACCAUUGCCCCAGUCUGGUGGGGGUGGCCGAGACGACCUUUUGGCAGCCAUCCGAGCCUCUGGCGGUCCGGGUGGAGGAGGAUUGCGGAAGGUCAGGGACUCAGACAAGAAAGACCGAAGCAGCGCGAUGGUACCCGGAUCUGCAGCAGAGUCAUCUGCUGCGGCCUCUAG